UUUAACAAUUGAACUCAACUCUUCUUUUUUCUUUUCUUAUCUUUGAUAUCUAUGAUGGGAACUUUGAAAGGAUUAUGGCUCGGUAUGGUGUAUGCAGUACAAGGCACCUACCUUGUUCUUCAAAACCCAAUGUUACGACAAAAACACCAUCUUCGACUCUUUUUACAACUCUCCAUCCUCUCGUUCUUACUUGUUGGUGUUGCACAUAUCCUGGUUGGUCUACCUAUCCACCUGCUUCGACUUUUCUUUUGGAUGCUUUCACCAUCGGUUCACCUCUCCAUGGAUGCCAUGCUCACGUCUUGUCACUCCUCAUUACAUGACCUGAUAGGUGCUUUACCAUUUGUUUUACUUUUUUUCAUGCGAUACCUUUACCCUCAGCCUUUGGAUACUCUGUUUAUGGAAGCACUCGUGUUUGUGGAAAAACAACAACAUUUACAACCACAAUGCCUUGGAAAACAAACAAAAAAAAUGAACCAACUAACAUUUGCUCAAUAUCUAUCGAUGCAGAAAAAACGAUCCAGGGUUUGGCAAAAUAUGAAAGAUACAGGUACUAGAACUUGGAACAAAGUACGGUUGGGAUUGAUCCUUUAUGUUUUAUCCAUGAUCCCAUAUUUUGGGCUAUUCGUAUUUCCAUUGGCAGGUGGAUUGGCUACAUUCAAGACACUUGGACCCACACAAGGAUGUCUUAUUGGAUUAUGUUUUCUAUAUAUACCAUCAUGGUCAUCCUUUUGUAUUCGUGGAUUACUUGGUAUGCGAGUGUUGAUGCGCGAAUUGUUAGAGCCUUAUUUCUCAAGAAUGGGAAUGACACAUCAAGAAAAGCGUCAAUGGUGCGAUGGACGACGGGAUAUACUGUUUGGAUUCUCUGCGAUGGCAUAUUUAUUGAUUCAAAUUGUACCUAUCUUUAACUUUCUUGCCUAUGGUGUGAUUCAAGCAUCUGCAUCCUAUAUGGUCUUGAUGACUGAUCCUUACAACCAUCUACCAUCAAGAAAAAGAAACAAUAUAUAACUUGAUCAUUCCGUUACAUUCAGUUAUAGAUUAGAAUUUUUUUUUUUUUGGAUGUUGAUUAUGAAUAAAACAUGUUUUUUUUUGAA